GCAGAGGAGGACUUCACUGAGGAAACAGGGCAGAGCUGGAGAGAGCAUCUGGUCAACAGGAGGACCCCAACUCAACACUUCUGUUUGCUAAACCUUUGUUACCUAGAUACUACUUUCUUAGAAAGAGGAGCAGAAGGUCUUUAACACAGAACCUUUUUAAGAAGAUCAGAAUCUACAAUCUGAUAUCCAAACAUGGCUAAAAUCUCUUUUAGCAUCAUAGCUUUAGGUAUUUCUCUGCUCCUCUUAGAAACGGGGGCUCAGAACCCAAAGAAGAGACUGGCUACUUCAAAGCCUCCAAAAGGUCAAUGCUGCGACGAAGUGCGCUCUCUGAAGGUGCAGGUGGCCAAUCUGACCAGCCUGCUGGCGGAGCUGAGUCAAAAGCAGAAGACAGACAUGAAGAACGUGUUUAGGCAGAUCCUGGAGCUGGACAAGCAGGACCAGCAGCUGGAAGGCCGGGUGACCGAGGCAGAGAGCAAGUACUCGGAGAUCAACAACCGCGUGGAGAUCAUGCAGCUGCAGACUCUGCAGUCUGCAACCCAGACUUCAUCAGAUGCCAUAUAUGACUGUGCCUCGCUCUAUGGGAAAAGCUACCGGAUCUCUGGCGAGUACAAGCUGCCUAAAGAUGAGUUUCUGGGAGCACCUGAGCUCAGCGUCUACUGUGAUAUGGAGACAAACGGCGGGGGCUGGACUCUGAUUCAGCGACGCAAAAUUGGCCUGACCUCCUUCAGCCGUGACUGGAAGCAGUACAAGAACGGAUUUGGAUCCAUCCGAGGAGACUUCUGGCUUGGCAACGACCACAUCUAUCGCCUAACGAGACAGCCCAGCACUCUCCGGAUCGAGCUGGAGGACUGGGAGGGACAGACACGCUACGCUGAGUACGGCUUUUUCACUGUCGGCAACGAACUAAACAGCUACAAGCUCCUCAUUGCCAACUACAGUGGGAACGCUGGUGACUCCUUACGCUACCACAACAACACCAACUUCAGCACCAUGAACAGGGACAACGACAAAUGUGUGGACGACUGUGCCGCCCUGCGCAAAGGUGGUUACUGGUACAACUGCUGCACCGACUCCAAUCUGAACGGCGUUUUUCACCGCUACGGCGCACACACCAGGAGCGCGGAGGGGAUCACCUGGUACGCCUGGCACGGCCCCAACUAUUCUCUAAAGAGAGUGGAGAUGAAGGUCCGGCCCGUUGGUUUUCAACCCUGAACGCCUCAUCCGGAUAAAAUCACAGAUCUCUGUAAUACCUGUAGGACCAACCCGAGGGCAAAACCAGUUAAAUGACCAUUUGUGAUGGUCUGUUUAGGAAGAAUGUGUCAAUGUCGCGUGCAAUUGUAAAUUGUAGGCAUUUUUUUUUACAUUUAUUAUUAACAUUUUGGCUUUUUUUAAGUGUUAAUAUACUAUUCUAAACCACUGUCCCAUAUGGGCUACUGGACUUUAAUCAUUUCUAUCAUUUCCUUGAAAGCACUAGUUUGUGUUUUAGUUUAUUCUGGUUUCAGUGGAGGCCUCGGCGAGCUGUAGGACAUAUUUAAAGAUUUAAGUAUCAUUGUUGUGAAUAGCUGGUGGGCUUACGACAGACCAGGAAAAGCCCAUCCUAUACGUUUUUUUCUUUGAUA